AUGUCUUCAAAUCUUCAGAUAAUAACAGCAUGUGCCAUAUCUUUAGCAACGGGGCUUUACUUGGGCCAUUACUUCACCCCUACAGUAAAUAUAAAGUCAUCAGACUCUAAAAAAAGACAUCAAAAACAAUCAUCACAACGUCAACCUUCUUCAUCAUCAAGCUCUCCAUCAUCGGAUCAAAUAACAGAUGAAUCAGAUUUAGAAGAAUCAGAUCUUGAAGAAAGUGAAGAAGAAGACUUCCAAGUUGAUUCAACUUCAUUAAAUGACAUUCCUGGUGAAACUAAAAUGGCUUUAAUAGUGCGUACAGAUCUUAAAAUGGGGAAAGGUAAAGCUGCUGCUCAAUGUGCCCAUGCUGCUUUAGGUGCUUAUAGAUUAAUGUUAAAUGAGGGUCAAUCUUCUCAAAAUUUACCAUUGUUGAAAAGAUGGGAACAUUCUGGUCAAGCUAAAAUUACUUUACAAGUGCCAAAUAAAGAAGAUAUGGAUUUAUUAUUUGCAAAAGCUAUAAGUCUAAAUAUUAACUCUUAUAUCGUUCAUGAUGCUGGAAGAACUCAAAUAGCAGCUGGUAGUGCUACUGUAUUGGCUUUGGGUCCAGCUCCAAAACUAGUUUUGGAUCAAGUUACUGGUGAUUUGAAAUUGUAUUAA